AUGCGCGCCGGGUACUUCGCUGCUCUUCUUCUCUCGGCUGUCGCUGUUCGGGCCGUGCCUGCGCCCGUACAACAAGAACGCGAUCUGGGCUCGAGCCUCGAGCAGGCGGCGAGUGGGUUGUUUGGCGGCAUUGACAUCGGAUCUGCGCUCGGCGCCGCUGCGUCUCCUAUUCUUGGUUCUAUCCUUGGCGAUGCUACUGCAGUCGUGGGGAGCAUGACUGGGUCUAACCCAGCCCUCGCCGGACUCACGAGCGUCCUCGGUGCCGCGACGAGCAUCGUCGGCUCAGACUCUGGCGCCAAGGGCGCCACAGGCAAAUCCAACGACGCGUCACCAGCACGCAUGGUCAGCAUGGGCGCGGCCGUGUUCGGGAGCAUGCUCCUCGGCGCGUACGCCGUGCUCUAG